AUGGCCAAAAGUGAGAUUCCCGCUUUACUGGGAGUGAAGGGGACUACAGUGACAGAGGGAGAGAAGGAGAAGUCGCCGGCGGCGGUCAUCUUGGGUGGGGGGUAUACGCAGACUGAUCUGGAGGAGAUUCGCGCGGCGAGUCAGGGAGAGGGAGCCAAAGCGGUGGCAUGGGUUAAGGUCGAUCCGACGAAAUCGCCGCCCUCGUUGCCGGUGGGACCUGAGUAUGGGAGGGCUGUGGCGAAGAGGACGAAGGAUCGGUUGGAUGAAUUGGUGCGGAGUGGGAAGAUGAAUCGGGAUGAGGUGCAUUUGAUUUGA